AGUGAUAUAUAAUUUGAAUUAUUUUUGUAUAGAAGGUUUCCCUAGACAAAGCGGGUUUUGGUCAAUGCAAGCGAUGGCACUUUACUACAUUUCAACGUUAUUAUACUGACGGGGCCAAGGAUCAUUUUUUAAAAUGGUAUCAAAUACGUACAGUAUAAUACUCAAGUUUUAUACGUUACCAUGUCUGUCAUUAUAUUAAAAUACAAUGUUACUAUUUUUUUAUAGUCAUUGUAUUGCGUAUUUAAAAGUAGUUUCAACUACUGUUAGCCACUAGGAGGUACAGUCACUUAGUCAACUGUAUUACGAGACCGCCUUCUGCAUUUUUUAAUCCUUACUGGUGGUAUAUUUUUCGCAUGCAUUAUAGUGAUUGGUGUUUGUUAACGUCAGUCAUUUGACACUGCCCAGUGUUCAGGGAGGCAGUAACAGCUGGCUUGCGAAUGAAUCGAGAAGUUAAGAGUGCAGAGGUGGAAACGCUGGGCUCGCUGUACUUUCGGGAGUCAUUGAAAAAUUGUAUUCUUGUGCUUUCUUACGUCUUAUUAUCACCUCUACUAGAAACAAGGAAAAGACUGUUCUGAUCAACCCCGCGAGUGGAUUAAUCGUCAGGCCGGUGACACGUUUCUUGUAAACCGGAGGGAAAUCCAAAAGUUAUAUCCAGGUGAUCCUUGAGAACCACUGUAAACUGAACAACUUCAGCAAACCUCAGGAAGAAAAGAUGGGAAAUGCUAUAUGAAUGUGUAAGGCUUCAGCGGAGUAAUUGCUGUCUGCUGCCAUGACAACCAGCCGCUGCAGUCAUCUGCCUGAGGUACUGCCAGACUGCACAGACUCAGUCCCUCCAGGAAAGGCAGUGGAAGACUCCAACAGCCUAGCGAAUGGACAGCCGCAUUAUGUCAUGCAAGUUUCGGCAAAGGACGGGCAGCUGCUGUCAACAGUAGUCAGGACUCUCGCAACCCAGAGCCCCUUCAAUGACCGGCCCAUGUGCAGGAUCUGCCAUGAAGGCAAUGGGCAGGAGGACCUGCUUUCGCCCUGCGAGUGUACAGGAACCCUGGGCACCAUCCACCGCAGCUGCCUGGAGCACUGGCUGUCCGCCUCCAAUACGAGUUUCUGUGAGCUCUGCCACUUCAAAUUCAAUGUGGAGCGCAAAGCCAGGCCACUCCUUGAGUGGUUAAGGAACCCUGGCCCACAGCAUGAGAAGAGGACAUUGUUUGGAGACAUGGUGUGCUUCUUCUUCAUCACCCCCUUGGCCACUAUCUCCGGCUGGCUGUGUUUGCGUGGAGCUGUGGACCAUCUGCACUUUAGCAGCAGGCUGGAGGCUGUGGGACUAAUUGCACUGACUGUUGCACUAUUUACUAUUUACCUCUUUUGGACACUAGUUUCUUUUAGGUACCACUGUAGACUGUAUAACGAGUGGCGUAGGACCAAUCAAAGAGUCAUACUUCUUCUCCCAAAGUCCUCUAGUGUUCCUUCAACACAGCAGUCUCUGCUUGGCCUUCCUCCCAUCAAACGCAAUUCUAAAGAGACAAUUGUUUGAGCUGUGUCUCCGUGCUGGACAAGGGAUCAUGACUAAUUCCAUCCAAAGAUUUUUGUUCUCAAAAUCAUGGUUUCUCAUUGGAUACUAUUCUGUUGGAAUGGCAAAACGGUCUUAUUUUUACAUUUCGCAAAGAUUACUAUCGACUGAUUCUACAAGCAGGAUAUAUGUGUACCGUACAGUUCUUUGUGUACAAAAUGACUAUUUCUUAACUGUCUACAGCUCAUUACAAUGAAGUUAAAUUGUCACUUAUUUAAAAUAAUAGUUUUGUCUAUAGAGCAAAUCAAGACAUUGUCUUUCCAUGAGCAGAUAGAAUCAGAAAUGCAACCCGGAAUGUUGCAUGUCUGUUGUGAAAUACCAUUUCACUACACUUGAAAGGAUGGUAAAAAAAAUAUUUUUUGCCUUCAAAUGCCUUUUACAGCUUCCUGCAUCUUAACAGUGAUGUUAAGACUCAGAGGCAGACAAAUAUUAAUUUCAUCUUUAUUACUAAUUUACAAUUUUCUUUCCUUGUUGCUGGGAUUUUUAUAAACAACUCAUUUAAAAGUUUUCUUUUUACUUCAUUUAAAUGUUUUUUUUUAAAUACAGCUAAUGAAUGAUGUGAAUGUGAAUAAAGAAUCAUAACUAUUUUUGAGGAUUUAACAAGAAAUAUUUUAUUUGCCUUUAUAUAUAUAUAUUAGUUGGAGUAUUUUAUGGGUCCACCUUGUUAAAUCUAUUAUAGAAUUUCUUUUUUUGCAUAAGAUAUAUGGUAAUAGUGAAAGUUGGAUGCUUUUCAGAGCAACCUUCUAUUGUGGAUGGUAUAAGACAGGCAAACUUGUUGAACUGUUAACAUUGAAUUUCUAACACUGAUGGAAAAAAUAUCUAUUAAAAUGUAUCUAAAAAUCUAUUACAGUACAUUUAAAUACUCACCCCUAUCUAUUGAUAUUCUGAAACAAUUUUGAACUUUCCCAUUGUAUUUGACAGAAUUCUGUUUUCGUUUUUACUUUUAUUAGCUACAAAAGCCAUAUUUAAGUUAAAAGGCUAACUGUUUAUUUAAUUAGUUUUGGACUUCACGUACAGCCAAAUGAAAUUCAUAAUGUCUGCAACUUUUUGUACACUUGGUAAAGAGCUAAAGGGCAGCUGUAAAAUAGUCAUUGUUAGUGAAGGCCUUCUGAAAAUUAACAUGUGCACAAUAUUUUAAUCUUAAACCAUUAGACCCUGCCUCGUCCUGGUUAUUUAUCCCCUGAAAAAUUACAGAAUUGUAGUUCAUAACUACUGCUUAAGAGUAGAGGGGCCCUGUCCCAGUGUUCUGUUUCUGUGACUAGAGGACAAGCUUGCAUCACUAAAUGUAGGAAGAUAAUUGGUAGUUCUUUUUGAUCUAUGAUCUGAUGUGAUACUUUUCAGGAUUGUAAAAGUUUAUGGUCAAAGGUGACUGUGCAGUGUGUCUUGUACACUACUAUUUUGUGAAUAAUUCAUAUUCACGAAACAUUAAUUAUCUUGACUUUGAAUAGCAUAGCAAGCAAAAUAUGGUAUUAUAGCCAGAUGUUUGGAGUCUUACAUACUGCUCAAAAUUGUUUACAUUGCUUGAACCUUCGUAAAGCAUGUGUUUAAUUGUGACACUUUUAAAAACCACCCGAUUCCUUAUUUCUUUUUCAUCAUUAUAAGCUGGUGCCCGUCUUAAGUAUGGAGUGUAAAUAUAUGUAUUGUAAAGGUGAAAAAUGACCAUAGUUCAAGUUAACUCAAAAGUCUCUUGUUGAUAAGUGGCAUGGAUGAAAGUUGAGGUAUAGUACUUCCUACUUACACUGAAGGUUUUUUGCCUUCUCUAUAAAAGAUGACCACUGUACAGUUAAAUAGUUGAUCAUUGCUAAAUGUCUGGAGCUACACCCCAGGGACAUGCAUGCAUUUUUCAGGAUGGAAGAAAAGCCUCUGCUUUGAAAAUCUCCUGGAGUUAGGGCUCUUCUGAUGUGACAGUUUGGCAUGUUCCUCUGUUUAUGUACAAUUCAAGAUGAAACUCCAAAAGAAUUUAUCAUCACUAUGCCACCACAAGGGAAACAAAUGAACAAAAAUCUUGUUUCUGUGCUAUGUAAAAGGUUACCAAGAUCUAUUUAUUCCUUAGUAUGGAAUUAUUAAAAUGUGCCUCAUGCAUUCAUCACUGUGAGGUGAUAUAUUGGUGACUGCAGAGAUUGUUAGUUUUAGGAACAUAUGAAAGUUACAGUAGAUGUUGUGUUGUCACCUUUAGAGAUCAAAAUGUAACCCUGUAAUCCUACUGCAAUUAAGGUUCGCUCUCCUCAAGGAGUAACCGCAAAAGUGCCAGAUUUAAUUUGUUUAUCCACCAAAAAAUAAGUCUAUUCAAGCACAGCUGAAUAGAUAUUUUGGUACUGCAAAUGUAAACAGAGAGGAUUGUAGAAAAUUACAGAGGGAGACUUAAAUGUUAUUUUUAUUCAAUUAAAAGUAUCUGUGAGAACAUUCUAGAAAUCCAGCACACAAAACUUUUAUAUCUCCACCCCCUUCUAUACCAAGUCAAGACUGCAUCAUUUUAGUGGUUUUGGCAUUUACACAACCAUUUGAUUUCAAUUUCAUUUCAGAUGCUGGUAUUCUAUAAAUAGUGUGCAUAGCAUUUCCUUUUUUGAGGAAAGGGAAGGAAACUUUCCACUUAUUUAAACAAGCUUAUAACUUCAGUCAAACCCAACUAGCAAUGGGCUUGAUGCCCUGUUUUAACCACACCGGUUACAGGCAGUAAGCUGAAAAAGAUGGAAAUCAUUCAUGUAACUCUGCAUGUUCUACCGUAGAAGUUUAUACCUUAGUUGCAAUCAGUAUUGGUCUUAAAUCCAAUAUCUGACCUAUGAUAAAUGAAUGAGCAAUUGUAAUAGGACAGUGCAAUGUAGUUAUGAUAAAACAGUACAUUUCUAGUGAGAUAUAAAUAUAGAUACAUUCAAAAGGAGUUUUUCAGACUUGGUAAAAUCUAAUUUUUCAACCCAAACAAGAAAACAAUUUGCUUGAGUGUGAUAAGCCUGUCUUUUUCAUUAAAGGUUAAUUUAUUUUAAUAAAAUACUGAAGCCAUUAAAAGGAAAAACAGCUAGAUAUGUUUAGAAAGUAAGGUUUCAAAAGGAUUUACAUGUAAUUGGUCUGUUCUAAAAUUUUAAAAGAUUUUAGGUGUACCCUAGGAAUCUUUGUAAUACGUUUGUGAGUACAUCAACUUACUGUAAAUCAUUCUUCUUACAAUAAAUACAAUUCCCUGCUGAGGACACUCAUCUAAAACAAAAGUGCUCUUGUGACCACUAUAAAGCCUUCAUGUGACUACUUUAGAACUUCUGUAAAUAUAACACCAUCUACUGUACAUAUGGCAGAUCUCCUCACUCUCACAUAGCUAAUAUAGACAAAAUAGAAGACAUACCUAGUUGUCUAGAGUAAAACAUCAAGUGAUUAAAGGAUAAAUAGUCAUCAUAUCCCUAGUUACAUUACUGUCAUCUAUUUUGCUUACCAUUGUACAACACAUUGAGAAGCAGUGGUUCUUGGUUUGUCAUCUCCGUUUUUGUCACAUUACAGGGAUAACAGGAAAUGUAGUAUACUGGGGGCAAGUUUAAUAUUAAUCCAGUGGGCAGAGGACUGGUAGUAUAAUAAAAUUAACAGGACCUAAUUGCUAAAUGCCUUACUAAUGUACUAACCCUUUAUAAGCUAGUCUGACAGGUAAUACAUUCCUAUUUAAAAAUGGUUAAUUUGAAAGUAAAACAAAAGUCACAUACUACUAUAGGGUACAUAUUUGUUGUGCAGCAGCAAUGUCUUCUCAUGUAUUGGACUGUCCAUCCCUUUUAAGGCACAAAUACAGGAGUUACUUGAAACUGAAUAACCUUUGAAAAACACUUAAGAUUCUAACAGGUUGUAAUGGUGACAGUUUGCAAUGUGCCAUUUUUCAUCUGUGUGUAAAUUGAAUUGCUUGCUAUUUUCCUGUUUGCUGUGUUACACACUGUACCUCUUAAAAGAGAAUGACUCAGAUUAUUGUAUCUCAGCAUUUGUCUGUAUGAUACAACCUAUUGCAGUUUUUAUGCAAUUUUGUAGAAUAGUGCAGUGUAAACUUUUAAUUACAAUAAAAUUCCAGUGUUGAUCUUUUUAA